AUGGUGUUUUCCACCUGGAAGCCCCCACCCCCGAGCUUCCUUAAGGUCAACUUCGAUGGGUCGGCUCUGGAUGGCGGCAUGAGGGGCGGUGUAGGCUUUGUCAUACGGGGCCCGUACUUCAGGGCAGUGGCCGCAGGUGGCUGCCAGUUGUUUGAUACAUCGAUUCUGGAAGCAGAGCUGCGUGCAGCCUGGGCGGGUCUUCGACAUGCGCGGGUGGUGCUACAGGCCAGCUCGAUUAUUUUGGAGGACGACUCGGCCACUGUCAUCGGGUGGAUUCAGAGGGGGUCGAGGGGUGAGGGCACAGACCACCCUUUGAUCCGCAACAUUGUGAUGAUGAUGAGAGAUGAGGAGGCCAUCCAGACCAAGCAUGUAUUUAGGGAGGCCAAUGGGGCGGCCGAUUGGAUGGCUGCCUACGCGGCCCACCACUCGAGGUAUGCCCUCUGGUCGGAGGAGGGGGAGCUGCCAUUGACACUCCGUGAGUUAUUAUAUUUUGAUCUUAUUGGAUGUAUUCGUACACGCACUGUAUGA